ACUCCUCUCUCUUUUUUUCUUUCAUUUUUCGUUCAUCCUUUUAUUGACUAUGUAAUGGCGUUUUCAAGCCGCGCAGCCAUAGAUCCUGAUCUGAGUUCAGUUCCAAUACUGAAGACGAUGGCGAUUUCUAUUCGGAUGACGGCUCCACCGAAGAAAAUGCUGCGGAGGACGAGUUUCGGAGACACGAUUACGGCAACUUUAUGAAGAUCACUUGUUUCCUGAAGCCAUCCGCUACAGAAGAGAUGGAAAGAGUGGAAGUUACAGCACAGCCAAGGUCAAGUCAUUUGCAGCAAAUGUGGUGAGACUGGUCAUGUGAAUGCCCGAUCGGCGUUAUGUCCUCAACGCAAGAUAAGGAAACCUGUAUCAGGCUCGAAGCGAAAGCCCGCGUGUGUCAAAGCUGCUCCAAACUCCGCCCAGAUUUCUUGCGCGAAAAUCCACACUCAUCAACUCGAAAGAAAAUCUGCCCAUUCCACCAGCCAUCCAAGAAGGAACGAAACCGGGAAAUUCUCGGUGCUCAACUCGAGCAGUUCACUAGAAAAUGUCGCCUCUCCACUUUGAUCAAGCUUCCUACGGAGAAAAAGCAGCAGCUGAUCGACCAAAUCGAGCAUAUUGUGGACUUCAACAGAGAGUUGAUGCUCAAAGCAACUCUUUUUACGUUGUAUUAUCUGCAUCACAAGUUCCUUACCGACGAUCCUCUGCCGCCCAUGGUUUUUCAUCAAACAUUCUUCUACUCCGUCUUCCAGCUUUUAUUAAACCGGGAGAUCAGCUCUAAGAACCGGUAUUUUCCAAAAGAAGAGCUCGUUCAAGCUUAUCAGCAAUACCUUGAAGAAUUUCCGACAGGCGGACGACCGAUCGCAUCAGAUGCGUCGAUGGAAGCCAGGAUACUUUCAAUUACAGCAAAAAACAUGGCCGUAACUUUUGCAAACAACCUCGUCGAGAACUUCGAGUCACGUUACAUUGAAUAUCUGACACUGCGAUUUCGAGAACUAUUGCCGGUCAAAGAAACAGUGGUCCAAGUUGGCUCGCCAUAGCUAUGAUUCCUUUGCUGCAGAAACAGAAAGUACAGUGCCAAAGGCGGGCAUUCCUCCAGAACUCCAUCAGAGAGUAGACACAGCCGCUGUACAGAUCUCAGAAGUAGUCGAUCACGAUUUACACGACUACCAUCAGCAGUUAACAUUGGCAAGCAUCACUCGGAACCCUCAGCACUUCAUGAGAAUCCUCUAUCAAGUAAACCAGUAUUUCGAUGCUUACAACAACGGCCAAAUUGCGAAUGCAGGAGAAGUUCAAACCGAAGCGACCAUCCAGUUUGUUCAUUCCAUUAUCAGGCAUUUGCAAGAAAGUAAGCUGCU